AUGUCAAAAAGAAUUAGAAGAAAAAGUAACUGAUCUUAAUACCAAGUUGCAGACUAAAGAAGAUGUUAAGAAAUAUCACAGUCAGGUUCAAAAUAUUAGUGACAAUAUUAAAAAACAUCCUAAGUUUGCAGACCACAUUGCUUCUAGUUCAAUUGGAAUAAAUGAUCAGGAAGUUAUUGAUAUUGUAUUAGUGACAGAUAUUGUGGAAAGUCUGCUCUUUGAAAAAGAUCUAGAAAUAAAAAAUUUACAGAAACGUUUAAGCGAAGCGGAAUCUAAUUUGGCAAUAACAGGUCGCGAUAGUGAUAUACGUCUAAAUAAUUUUAAAACCCAUUUGAGUGAGAAAUGUAAGGCAAUUCAAGAAAUGAAAGAGCAGAUGGUUAUUCGUCAAAAAGAGUCAAUAGAAAAGCAAAGUGUUUUAAAAGCUGAAAUAAAGGAAAGAGAUGAGAUAAUAAUGUCUCUGCAAAAGCAAAUGGCUGUAUUACAAACGCAAUGCCAUUAUGUAAAGAUGCAAAGUCACUUUAGAGAAGAUAUCAUUAAAGAAAUGAGAAAAGAACUAAAACAAGCAGUAUCUAAGUGUCCGUAUUCAAACUUGUUUUCUCGUAUUUUUGAUCAUUAUAACCAAGUUACAACUGACAAUCAGGAAAUGGAACUCUUUUAUAAAUUACGUGAGAAAAACAUUAUACCGAAAGUAAUGUACUCACCCACAGGACAUAAAACUGAUGUUACGUUUUGGCAAACUUACGUUGAAAAUAUUAUGAAUUCCAAUAAAUUAGCAAAAAAUAUCUGUACAACGAAAACUAAAGACAAUAAUUUGACAACUAAAGUAACAAAUUAUCGUCAUAAUGCACAUUACAAUAAAAUACAUGCACACAAAAAUUUCCGCGAUAUCGAUAAAAAAAUCUUGAAAUACAGCAAAAGAUCUAUACCUCUUAAUGNUAUAUUUAAAACAUGUACAAAUAGUAAUUUUCAAUUUAAAUUAAUGGAUGUACUUGGAAUAUGUGCUCUCGAAACACAGAUCACUUUAGAUGAUAUUAAAGAUGAGAUGAAAGUGCUUCUUUCUUCUUUUAAAUGUAGAAAUCAAAAGUAUGUUGAUUUAAAUAAAGAAGUUGUGAAUGUACAAAAUCAACUAAUAAAAAGCCGGGAAAAAAUAGCUGAAACACUUAAUAGAUCACAAUUAAGAGAAGAAGAAAGGAUAAGACACAGCAAUAGGAUAGCAUUAGGACAAAAUAAAUUAAAAGACAUGAAAAAUGAAGUGAACCUCGUUAAAUCUCGAUUAUCAGCUUAUAUUACUGAUCUACAAACAAAUGAAAAUGUAUCUACCUAUACAGAGAUAUGCAUUUGCAAUGAUUUAAUAUAUUCAGUAAUUGAAGAAAUAGAGCAGAUAUCGUCUAGUCUCCAAAUAUUUCAGGAUCAAGGUUACGGCAUAACGAAAGAUCUAGAAAAAUUAAGGAAUCAAUUUUGUGACGUUGAUUCUUUUAUACAGAAAUUGCAAGAAAAAAUAGAUGAGGCAUUAUCAGAACACGAUGCAAAUGAACUUCAGGUUCAAACAAUCGGUCACUUGCAAAAUGCAGUAGUAGAAGCUAAGAAGUGUAUAGAUCAGAUGGGCCACAGAACUGUGAGUGAUAGAAAUGAACAAUGGUCUACAAGUUCGCCUUCAGUCAAUCGAACGGACUAUCAUUUACAGUUGGAGAAAAAGACUGAAGCUGUUCGUCAAUUGACAAUUUAUGCAGAAGAAACUCAAAGUCAGUACAAUGAAUGUUUUGCAGAGGCUGCUAAGCAAGAUAAAUUGUUAGAGUUACAACGUGAUGCAAUUUCCUGUCUUCAACAAAAAAUCAGUUCUAUGGAACAAGAUAAUCGUUUGUUUAUUGUCUUCAUCCACAUCAUGUAUUAUUCAAUUAUAAAAGAAAUACAGGAACAACAAUUAGAGAGUCGUUUGAUUGACAUUCAAGCUUUAAAAAAUAAGGUAAUCUAUAUUGAAAGUAAAUAUUUAAAUGCCAAAAAACUAUUGCAAGAAAAAGAAGGAAAAUUACAGGAAUUAAGAAAAGACAUGACGAAUGAACAUAAGACGAAGAUUUAUGAAGAUAAAGAAAUUCAGUGUAAGAUACAAUGCAAGGAUAAAAAUUGUACCACUCUUGACGUGGUCGAUUAUAAUGAACUGAUAUGUAAUAAUAAGGGACAACGUAAAAACUUAUUACGUGAAUAUGAUUUGCAAUCAGAAUACGAAAUUUUAGUCAGAGAAAAUGAAGAUCUAAAAAGACAGCUACAAAAAUAUAAAUUAGAUUUUGAUAUAAUUGAUAAGGAACUGAAGACGGAACAAGAAAGUAACACUUAUGCUCAGCAGAUCUCGUUCGAAUUACAGAAAUUAAGAGAUACAGAGUGUUGUUUACAAUAUGAAAAUCAACAACUUAAAUCUGACUUGAAAACGCAGACGAAACAAAUAGAAAAUCUUCUGGAAAAGUUGCAGCUUGCUCAAGAAAACAAUACGAAAUUCGAAAAAUUGAUGAAGAAACUGGAAGACAAACAGAUACAAAUUAAUGAUUUGUCUAGUCAAAUAACGAAAAACGAAAUUAUUAUAAACAAUAAAAAACAGAUUAUUGAAGAUCUCGAAAAGAAGUUGAAUGCAAAAAAUCAACAAAAUAAGGCAUAUUUAGCGGAAUUGAAUGAAGCGGAGGAAGAAAUGUCUACUUUGCAUAAUAGAAUACAAUCCUUAAAAACAUUAUUAAAAGAAAAGUCAGAUGAUAUGGCUAAACUACAAGCAGAUUAUGAAGUAAUGAAGAACAACAAUUCUAUCUUGCGAAUGGAAAACAACAGUUUUGAAGACAAAAAGAAAGAAAAUGUAUGUCAAUUACACAUGAUGGUGAAGGAACUCCAAAGGCAAUUAUGUUUCACCGAAAAUAAUUAUUGUAGAGUUACAGAAGACUUUAAUAAAGUACAAGAACAAUUAAUCAAGAUGACGAAGCGAGAAGCUGAUUUGCAAGAGUGUUUGACAAAUAUGGAAAAAGACUAUUGCUCAAAAAUAUUAACUCUUGAAGAAGAGAAAGCAAAGCUUGGAGAAUGUUUAGAUAAAUUUAGAGAUGAGUUGGAAGAAAAUCAAAGAAGCCACAUAUCAAGAAAUAGUGAACAAUGCAAAUUACAAGAUAUAUGUAAAUCUUACGCAGAACAACUAGACAUUUUACAACAACAGCUUGAAGAAGAAAGAAAGAAAGUUAAAAAAAUUGAAGAAUCAAAUCGCAGUAUAGUACAACAAUUACAAGAAAGAAAUUGUGUUCUUGUUAAAGAAAAAACCAUUAUAGAACGAAAUAAUUGUGAAAUGAAUUCAGAGCAUUUAAAGUGA